CAUCCCCCAAAUAAUCGGGGCGUCGGUAUUUGUCCUCCGGGGAGGGGACCGUUGUUGGAGUUUUUGGGUUCUUUCUUUUCCCUUCUUCAAUCAAUUACGGAGAAUAGAGCAAAGCGAGUCAAUAUGCAUCAUGCACGGUCGAGAAAAGGGUGUCUAACAUGUCGCUCCAAAAAGGUCAAGUGUGAUGAGCAGAUGCCCAAGUGUCGUCGAUGCCAUCGCCUCGACCUGCAGUGUGAAUGGGCCGGUCCCAGAUCGCGCCCUGCAGCACGGCCGAAAUGGAAGGAUUCGCCUGUGUUGACGAGGAUCCUCCCCAAGACGUCGGCAAAGGAUCCCAGCUGCUCCAAUGGCAUGUUUGAGAUCUCAGGGAUGUGGUUCCCCUCUUUCAGCAACCCCCACGCUGGUCCAAGUACAUCGCAUCUAUUGGAUGAUAAGGCAGCCAAUGUCGCUGCAUGGGAUGAUGCAACCUUCUUUCCAGCUUGGAAUCAACUACCUGCUGAAGAGAUGGGGUUUCCAGCUGAUCUCUUUGAUUUUGGUGCUCCUCUGCCUGUGGCGGAUGAUGCCCUCAUCCCCAGUGACAAGCAGCAACUAACUCACUCCCAUUCAUCGUCAUUACACGUACACUGGCCAACACCAAGUCCGGAGCCUUGGAUUGGCGUCAACGACAUCACAUUCGCACACAAUGUCGUGCUCUCGCCGUCAUUCUUGCAGACGGGCAAGGAGGCAGAUGCGCUACAAUACUAUUCCACAGUCUACCCAACCAUGACCAUUACCAAGACAGUAAGCUGGUCAAGUUUCAUAAUUGUCUUGCGGCAUGGUUCUCAGGAUCCGAUGAUUAUGCACAUGGUAAUUGCAGCGGCUCUCAUGGAUCUAGCGGCGUCACAAAAACACAACCCGGAAAUGUGCAGAGCAGCCCGUGCCCAUGCAAAGGAAGGCAUGACACUUCUGAGCGAUGCCGUCGACAAGUCUAUUCCCGAAACAGCGGCCAGUAUAAUCACGGCAUCAUAUUUCUUGUAUCGCUACAUGGCGGUAGAAAAUCAAGAUCGCACGAUAAUGAGGGACUGGAGUGAGCGUCUCUGCCGCUAUCUGCAACGUAACCGGCUUUACAGACUAUGCACCGAUCCACGAGGCGCCAAGGACGACCCUGACGCCCAUCAAAAUACUGUGGAAAUCGCCUCUAAACGCUACGGCCACCUUGCACGACUUGUGAUAUGGACAUAUUACGAAGAUAUCAUAGCAGGCAUGGGUGGAUAUGGUGGAUACAUGUCGCGCUACCUGUGCCAAAUGCCAGAGCGAAUCAGAGAGGUUCAGUUGCAUUCUACUGCCGAACUUGAGUCCGUCUGGGGUGAUGAGUACCCCGAGAAGGAGAUUGUGGAUGACGUUGAAAAUGCACCAAUUGUCACCUUUUUACACGAAGUCAUGGCCCUAUAUGCCGAUGUCGCCAGGGUGGCCAAGUCGUCGUAUACAGAGGAAGACAAGAGGGAGAUUGAAGACGCUAUUAAUAUGCUGGAAAAUCGCUCACGAUCAUUGAUCCGUCUCACAGCCAUCACCACACAGCCGCGGUCGCGAAUCAUGCUAAACGCCGAUUAUAUGAUUCCCUAUCUCUACGCUCUACGGAUAUACUGUUUUAGAAUAUUCUUACCAGAUGACGAUUUGAGCGCGCCUGCACCGCCUGCUGUUCAGUCAGCCGUGCAUUCUAUCCUACAGCUUGCGCAGCGAUCGCUGUCAAGAGGUGCUCUGGAUCCCAUGACGGCCCGCUUUCAGUGGCCUUUGUUAAUGGCUGGAAUUGAAACUCCGGAUAAUAUUCAUAAGGAAUGGGUGCAGUCUAAAAUGAAGACGGAGCGUACUUCCAAGGGGUUUGAGAAGGUAUUGGAGGUACAGGAGGCGACAGGAAGACGGAUACCCAUGGCGUUAUUUGCACAGAUACUCUCUGGCGAGGGCGAGACGUUGAGCUAAUUUUCAGCUAUUAUUGCACAUAAUAUGAAAAUGGUAUUUAUCCUCACAGUAGAGGCGCUACGAAUGUGUGUGUAGCGUUGGAAGGGCUGGUGGAGGGCAAAUUCCAGACUCUAUCGGCACCACCGGAAAAUGCCGAGAACUCAUGGCAGC